UUUUACCGAGUCCCUCCCAUGACAUGUGGGGAUUAUGGGAACUACAAUUCAAGAUGAGAUUUGGGUGGGGACACAGCCAAACCAUAUCAACCAUAUUCUGCCUAAAUUAGACGUCUAUCUCUAAUCACAGCUUAAUUAUUCAAGUGCCCACAGAUUCUUCUUUUAAUUGGUGAUUUUCUAAUACCAUUGCAGGACCUUCUGAUUGAUAGUUUGUGCACAAGUUUUCAAAAAGAAGUUAGUGUCUCUUUUUAAGAGAAAUUCGUCAACUACAGUGACAUUAGAACCAGUGAUUAAAAAUUACUGAAGUCGCAUCUGUGGAUGUCUAUGCCUGUCUACUUUUUGUUUAUAGAACUCAUGACUAUUUAAAUGAAAACAGUCACCUCAGUCCUCACUAAAAACAAUGAUUAUUAAAAAUAUAAAAUUUAAGGUGGCUACAGAAUGUGGCAAUAAAUACCAGAGAAACGGAGUCAUGAGUAAAAGUAUUAAUGUUCUUGGCUUCUUUUUGAUUAAAGUCUAAACAUUGUUUUUCAAUUCAGACUUAACAGGGAGGAUGCUGCAAAUGAAGGGAGCAUUUUUUUCUAUAAAGGCCCACACAGUGUCUUAUGGUGUCUUAGUACAUUUGGGCUGCUGUACAGUAACAGAAUACUAUAAAUUAGGUAGCUUCUAAAAAACAGAAACUUUUUUUCUCAUGGUUCUGGAGACUGGGAAGUCCAAGAUCAAGGCAUCAGCAGAUUCAGUGUUUGAGGGGAGGACCUGCCUCCAGUUCAGAGACAGCCAUCCUUUCGCUGUAUCUUCACAUGGCAGAAAGGAUAAGUAAGCUCUCUGGGACCUCUGUUUUAGGGGCACUAAUCCCAUUUACGAGGGCCCCACCUUCAUUAUCUAAUCACCUCCCAAGAGCCCCAUCUCCUAAAACCAUUACAUUUGGGGGUUAGGUUUCGACCUAUGAAUUUUGAGGAGACACAUUCAGUUGAUGGCAGAGGGAGAUACUUGGUCUUCAGAUACUUAGAUUUUUAACUCUGAAUUCUUGGGUACCUUUUAGAGAUAUGGACUGAUUUAGACUAGAGUCGUUGUGCCCAGCGCAACUCGAAGUAGCGGAGAGAGCGCAGGACUAGAGCGCAGAGCUUGGGACGUGCAUCCCAGGUGGCGUGAUGGGCGGAGAGCAGGAGCAGGAGCAGUUCGAGGGCAUGUUGCUGGCCAUGGCUCAGCAGCACGAGGGUGGCGUGCAGGAGCUUGUGAACACCUUCUUCAGCUUGCUUCGACGCAAAACAGACUUUUUCAUUGGAGGAGAAGAAGGGAUGGCAGAGAAGCUUAUCAUACAGAUUUUCAGCAACAACAAUCAGCUGGCACAGAAGGCCCAGUGGGAGAAGAGAGCCCGGCAGGAGGCUGAGCGGCGGGAGAAGGUGGAGCGGGUGGCCAGGCUGGCCAAAGAAGCCAAGUCAGAGGCCUCAGGGCCCCAGAUCAAGGAGCUAACUGAUGAAGAGGCAGAGAAGCUGCAGCUAGAGACUGACCAGAAAAAGGAUACAGAGAAUCAUGAGGCCCAGCUCAAGAACGGCAACCUUAACUCCCCAGGGAAGCAGGAGACUGAGAAAGACGAAGAGGAGGAAGAUGAGAAGGACAAAGGAAAACUGAAGCCCAACCUAGGCAACGGGGCAGACCUGCCCAAUUACCGCUGGACCCAGACCCUGUCGGAGCUGGACCUGGCGGUCCCUUUCCACGUGAACUUCUGGGUGAAAGGGAAGGACGUGGUGGUGGACAUCCAGUGGUGGCACCUCCGGGUGGGGCUCAAGGAGCAGCCAGCGAUCAUCGAUGGGGAGCUCUACAACGAAGUGAAGGUGGAGGAGAGCUCAUGGCUCAUUGAGGACGGCAAGGUGGUGACUCUGCAUCUUGAGAAUAUCAAUAAGAUGGAGUGGUGGAGCCGCUUGGUGUCCAGUGACCUUGAGAUCAAUACCAAGAAUAUUAACCCUGAGAAUUCCAAGCUCUCAGACCUAGACAGUGAGACUCGCAGCAUGGUGGAAAGGAUGAUGAUGUAUGACCAGAGACAGAAGUCCAUGGGGAUGUCAACCUCCGACGAACAGAAGAAACAGGAGAUUCUGAAGAAGUUCAUGGAUCAGCAUCUGGAGAUGGAUUUUUCCAAGGCCAAAUUCAACUGGCCCCUGUUUUUACCUCCUUGAACUCUUGGGGCUGAGCUGCAACCAUCCAACUUUUUUUCCCACUCUUCUCUGGCCCUUGUGGGCCUCAGGGAUUGGGGCAGGCAUGGGACUGGCCCAGCACACAGGUCCCAGGGCAUCAGGAGAAAGGCUGGGGUUUGGGGUCUUGUCUUCCCCAGUUGGCCUACUGUUACACAUUAAAGCGAUUUGCUUAGCAAAAAAAGAAAUAAGGACUGAUUUAUUUCCUCAUUUGUGAUGCCAAAUUGUAAAGAUUAAGGUAAUUGUUCUGUUAAGUUAUGAAAAUACACAACUUCUAAGAGACAGAGGCAGAUAGGAUAUUGGCAACCUUCACACCCUAGUUUGAAAGGUACUGGCCUUUCUUGGCUGUGCUAAGGCAUGAAUAAAUACCUCACUAUUGUGGUUACAAUAGUAACCAUACCUUUGUUGUGUUUUAUUUCUUCAAUUACCAUCUGUUGUUGCAACUUUUAGCUAAAGCAUAGCUUUGCAAACUUCCACCUUAAGUCAUAGCACUGUGUCUUGGUGAAUUGAUUAUAGAGGUGGAAGUUAGUAUCUUAAAUUUGAUUCAGUCACAUAUGCCUUUUGGGUGACUUCACUUUGAAUCCUCAAAGGAUGACUUAGAGAAUGCCAAAUAAACACCCUGGCAACUGGUAAUGACCUUCUGGGAGUUUCUGACAGAUUGAGGUUUCACAACAAACACAGAUAAAAGACAGUUUUUCAGAAAACAGUGGCAAAGGAACUGAAUAAGUAAAGCGUAACUGAAGGCAGUAGAGGUAGUUGAGUGGAAAUGCAUAGAGAGCUGGGAGGAGUGGAGUUCACCAGCAAAUGUGUCUUGUGUAUCUGGCUGGGAGGUGUGAUUGGGAUGGAGAAAGGAAAGGCAGCAUGCAGGAGGGCAUGUGAUAGGAGUAGAGCUGUGUGCCAGGGGUGGCAAGUUGACUCUCUUGGAUGGUACCAAGAAUUUGUCUUACUGUAGUUAGACAGAGUUAGUUUUUGUUCUGAAUGAGACACUGACUUUCCCUUAUUUCCUGAUAGGGGUUUUGAAUAUAGUGACUUGAAGCAAGGACAGUUACUGGAACUAUGGUAUCAGAUUUCCUGAAGGUAACAUUAUUCAUUAAAUAAUAAUGUUGCUCUUUGAGCCCUUAAAAUUGGCCUUUUUCUAGACUCCUAAACUCUUUAUGUUCUUAACGAAAUAAUGCUGGCUAGAGCCCUUACCAAACUCUAACCAGAAACAGUGAAUUAAAAGAUACAGAAGACUGGGAGCUAGAAAUUGAUUUUUUUUUUUUUUCAAACCCAUAUUGUCUCGAAAACAUCUACCUUAGGAUCUAUUCGCAUCCUUAACCCUGCCAACCCCUUGAUUCAUUUGCAAGAUUGCCACCCUCCUUGCUCUUUACAAUAAUUCAUUCUUUAAUUUCAAAUUUUUGUGCUAUUUUCAUAUUGUUUAAAUGAGGUUCACCUACCCAACAUGGUAGCUAUUUUCCUAAUAUCUUCGUUGUACCUAAACAUUGUGGAAAGUGGUUUCUUUUAUAAAUUUAAAAUGUUUGGCUUUUCAAACCCCGUUUUCUCAUCUUCCUUUGUCAGAAUUCUGUUUGAGGUGACCAAAACCACUUGGAUCCUAAUUUAGUGGAUGAUUUUGGUGAAAUUAAGACUUUGAGAUUGACUUUUCUCUCCCCCCACUCACCACAGUGGGAAUGCAUUUUUCAUCUUUUCUGUGGGGUGAUUUGGAGAAUGACUGAGAUGGUUAUUCCUUUUUUCCUCCUGUUUCAGUCUGUUUUGUGCUGCAGUGACAGAAUACUUGAGACUGGGUAAUUUAUAAGGAACAGAAUUUUAUUUCUCACUGUUCUGGAGGUGAGUGGGACGUCCACGAUCGAGGUGCCAGCAUUUGGUCUGGUGAGGGCCCUCUUGCCGCAUCCUUAUCUGGCAGAAGGCAUAAGGGCAAGUCGUCCAAAUGUGGAGUGAAGCCUCUUUUAUAAGAGCCCUAAUCCCAUUGACAGGGAGAAGCCAUCAUGGCUUAAUCACCUUUAAAGGCUCCACUUGUAAAUACCAUCACUUUGGCAACACCUAAAUUUUGGAAGGGACAUAUUCAAACCGUAACACCCCCUCUCACCUAUUGUCUGCCCUCCUUUUGGGAGCCGGCAGUGGUGCUGACUGAAAGAUGCAUCCUCCAGGCUUCCUUGCCCUCUGGCUUCUAACUGGAUUGGCCAAGGGGGAACUUGAGGAGAACUAAGAGUGGGAGGGGAGAGAGCUGCCAGUCGCCACAUCUCUGCUGUCUGCUGCAGUUUUGUCAGUGGCUGUGUCCCACCAAGAAACCACUCUUGCCUGGUGGGUCCUCUUUCAGGCCUCCUGCAGGUUACUUUCCUCUCCUUGAUGCUUCAAGUCACUUUCUACCUGAAUGCCCCUGUGGUACUCUUCACCCUUCCCUCGUCUUUGUAAAUAGUCCUUCGAUCAGAUGUCUUCAUUGGAACUAUGUGAGUUGCCUCUGUGUAGUACAUGUAAGACACUGUUGAUUAAAAGUGCAGGUAAGACACUGUGGUGUCAACACUUUCACAUGAGGAAACACAUAGCGCAUUAAAUGUACGUGAUUACAAGAUAACGUCUUAAUUUCAGAUACAUUAAUACUUAGAAACAACACCCGUGAUUCUCAAAACAGAGGGAAAUCUAUGAAAUUGCUACUGGUUUUUCAUUGUAUUAAAGAUACCAUAAUAAAGAUCUUUGUUUAUAAACUUGCCUAUAUUUGAGAUUAUGUCCAUAGGAUAGGUGAGAAGAGAGUUAUAGACAUUUUCUAAGACUCGUUUCUUUUUGCCGCAUUGCAUUCUAAAAGGGUCAGACGUAUUUAGAGUGCCACCUGCAGCUUCUUAGCUCUUGUUUGACUGUCCAAUGUGUGUUGACUUUUCCACAGAUCUUUCCUAAUCUGAUAGGCCAAAGAGAGUCUUUCCAUUUGGCGGUGAAAGUGAACAUUUUCUAUUUUUUCUUGUAUUUUUCUUUUUCUUUAAAAAAAUCUCCUUUGCCUGUUUAUUUAUUGGGUCUUACUGUUUUUCAUAUGCAUGAGCUCUUUGUGUGAUAGGUCAGGGGUUAGCUAACUUUUUCUAUAAAGGACCAGCUAAUAGACAUUUCAGGCUUUGUGAGCCACACAGCUUCUGUAGGGUGAAAGCAGUCUUAGACAAUAGACAACUAAUGAGGAUGGCUGUGCUCCCAUGUGGACACUGAGAUGUAAAUAUUAUAUAGUUUUUAUAUGCCCUGGAGUAUCAUUCCUCUUUAUUUUCUUCAACCAUUUAAAAAUGUAAAAACCAUUCUUAGCUCACGGGCUGUAGAAGAACAGGCGGUGGGCUGGAUUUGAUUAGUGGGCCAUAGUUUGCUGACCCUUGUAAUAGAUGAUAACUCAUUUAAUCUGUUUUGACUAUUUUCCUCACUUCCUUUUUUAGAUAAAUUUUUUAGGCCUACAGAAGUUUAAAUUUCUUACAACAUCAAAUUUUAAAUUUCUGGCCAUUUUUGUCAUGAUUCUGAAAGUUAGAAUGUUCUUACUAACGAUCAUAUCCAAAAAUACACGACUUAAUUUUAGCUUUAGAGACAUGUUUUUUAAAGAAUUCGCCUUUAUUCAUGUGGAAUUUAUUUGUGUAUAGUGUGAUUUGGAAGUCUAAAUUUAAUUUUUUUGCAAGCAGCAAACCAAUUGUGGGUUGUUUUUGAAUCCUCCUGGUUAGUACUGGGUUCAUUAACUGUGCUUUGGGUACCUUUGAUCCUAGAUUUACAGCAUGAUAAUUUUCCCAGUUUUCAUUUAUGUUCAAGAAGUAUGGUACCAACCUGUGACAUGAGUUCCUCUUAGUUCUUCUUGGCUCAUCUGUUUCCAUGUGAGCUGGCAUUCACAGGAAAUUCAGAACUCUUAUAGGCAUAAUAUUAAUAGAUACAUGUGGAAAGAGUUGUUCUCUGAAAAAAAAGUUUGAGGUUUUUUUUCAAACAGAGCCUUGCUAUGUCACCCAGGCUGGAGUGCGAUGGCCCGAUCUCG